AUGGAUGUCACCCGCCUGCUCCUGGCCACCCUGCUGGUCUGCCUGUGCUUCUCCACUGCUUAUAGCCACCUGGCACCUGAACAGAAGCCCAAAGAUGACAAAAGCCUGAGGAGCAACUCCUCCAUGGACCUGUGGGAUUCCCCCUCUGUCUCUGUCAUGGGGCUCAACAAGAAGUCCAAAAAGAUCAGCAGAAAAGAGUCAGAAGAGAAGAGAGCUUCCAAGAGAAAGGCUUCGAUUAAGAAGGUGACGCGGCUCCGGCCCCCGCCGCCGGACCCCUGCGUGGCCACCCGCAGCAGCUGCAGACAGCCGGCGCCCCCCUGCUGUGACCCGUGCGCCGCCUGCAUGUGCCGCUUCUUCCGCAGCACCUGCUCCUGCCGCGUGCUCAACCCCAACUGCUGA